AUGACCCGCCACCAGCAGCCCGGGGCCACCCUGCAGACGCCGGUGCUUACCCUGUGUCUGCUGCUGUCAGCCACCUCCCUGGCCCCGACAUGGGCGCAGACCAAGAUUCCUCUGGAAACAGUGAAGCUGUGGGCUGACACCUUCGGCAGAGACCUGUAUAACACCGUGACCAAAUACUCAGGCUCCCUCCUGCUGCAGAAGAAAUACAAGGAUGUGGAGCCCAGCCUGGGGAUCAAGGAGGUGGACGGCUUGGAGCUGGUGAGGAAGUUCUCGGAGGACAUGGAAACCAUGCUGCGCAGGAAAAUGGAGGCCGUUGAGCGUCUGGUCGAGGCCGCCGAGGAGGCUGACCUAAACCACGAAUUCAACCAAUCUCUGGUGUUUGACUAUUACAACUCGGUCCUGGUCAACGAGAAGGACGAGAACGGCAACUGCGUGGAGCUGGGGGCCGAGCUGGUCCUGGAACCCAAUGCGCACUUCAGCAACCUGAAGGUGAACACAUCCGUCAGCAGCGUGCAGCUCCCCACCAACGUGUACAACAAAGAUCCAGAUAUUUUAAACGGCGUCUACAUGUCCGAGGCCUUGAACCCCGUUUUUGUGGAGAAUUUCCAGAGAGACCCGACGCUGACCUGGCAAUAUUUCGGCAGUUCCACUGGGUUCUUCAGGAUCUACCCAGGCAUCAAAUGGACGCCAGAUGAGAAUGGGGUCAUUGCCUUCGACUGCCGAAAUCGAGGCUGGUACAUUCAAGCCGCCACUUCGCCCAAGGACAUCGUGAUCGUGGUGGACACCAGUGGCAGCAUGAAGGGGCUGCAGAUGGCAAUUGCCAAGCACACCAUCUCCACCAUCUUGGACACCCUGGGAGAGAAUGACUUUGUCAAUGUCAUUGCGUACAGCGACUACAUCCGCUACGUUGAGCCUUGUUUCAAGGGGACCCUGGUCCAGGCAGAUCGAGACAACCGAGAGCACUUCAAACAACUGGUGGAUGAGCUGGUGGUCAAAGGUGUGGGGAUCGUGAAGCCAGCCCUGAGUGAAGCCUUCGAGAUCUUGAAGCAGUUCCAGGAGGCUGGACGAGGCAGUCUCUGCAACCAGGCCAUCAUGCUGAUCACCGACGGGGCCGUGGAGGACUAUGGGCCGGUGUUUGAGAAGUACAACUGGCCGGACCGCAAGGUUCGAGUGUUCACUUACCUUAUUGGGAGAGAAGUGACCUUUGCUGACCGCCUGAAGGGGAUCGCUUGCAACAACAAAGGCUACUACACACAGAUCUCCACGCUGGCAGACACCCAGGAGAACGUGAUGGAGUACCUGCAUGUGCUCAGCCGCCCCAUGGUCAUCAACCAUGACCAUGACAUCAUCUGGACCGAAGCCUACAUGGAUAGCAAGCUCUUCAGCUCACAGACACAGAGCCUGAUGCUCCUCACCACGGUGGCCAUGCCUGUGUUCAGCAAAAAGAACGAGACGCGAUCCCACGGCAUUCUCCUGGGCGUGGUGGGCUCUGACGUGACGCUGAGGGAGCUCAUGAAGCUGGCUCCCAGGUACAAGCUCGGAGUGCAUGGAUACGCCUUUUUGAACACGAACAAUGGCUACAUCCUGGCACAUCCUGACCUCCGACCCCUGUAUAGAGAUGGGAAGAAGCUGAGACCCAAACCCAACUACAACAGCGUGGAUCUCUCCGAAGUGGAGUGGGAGGACCGAGCUGAGAUUCUGAGAACAGCCAUGAUCAACAGGGAGACAGGGUCUCUCACUCUGGACGUGAAGGUUCCGCUGGACAGAGGGAAAAGAGUCCUGUUCCUGACCAAUGAUUACUUCUUCACAGACAUCAGUGACACCCCUUUCAGUUUGGGGGUGGUGCUGUCCCGCGGCCACGGAGAGUACAUCCUCCUAGGGAACACGUCUGUGGAAGAAGGUCUGCACGACUUGCUGCACCCGGACCUGACCCUGGCCAGCGACUGGAUCUACUGCGUCACGGAUAUAGACCCAGACCACCGGAAGCUCAGCCAGCUGGAGGCCGUAGUCCGCUUCCUGACCGGGCAGGACCCAGCCCUGGAGUGCGACGAGGAGCUGGUGCGGGAGGUGCUGUUCGACGCCGUGGUGACCGCCCCCAUGGAGGCAUACUGGACAGCGCUGGCUCUCAACAUGUCUGAGGAGUCUGCGCCGCUGGCCGACGUGGCCUUCCUGGGCACCCGGGCCGGCCUGCUCAGGAGCAGCUUGUUUGUGGGCUCCGAGAAGGUCUCCGACAGGCGGUUCCUGACCCCAGAGGACGACGCCAGCGCGUUCACCCUGGACCACUUCCCUCUGUGGUACCGCCAGGCGUCCGAACAACCAGCUGGCACCUUUGUCUACAAUCUCCACUCUGCAGAGGAACCAGAAAGUCUGGGGGAGCCCACGGUCGUGACAGCAAGCACAGCGGUGGCCGUGACAGUGGAUGAGAAGACAGCCGUCGCCGCAGCGGUGGGCGUGCAGAUGAGACUGGACUUCCUGCGACACACAUUCUGGGCAGUGACACAGCAGGGCCUGGACUGCUUUGUCAUCGACCACAAUGGGUUCAUUCUGAUCUCAGAGAGGCCGCAGGAGCCCCCACUUGCGGUCCCAGCUCCACACGGGGUGCACCCUGGAGGGGGGGGGGUGGGGGGUGGGCUGGACUGCCAUCUCCUGCUUCUGGUUUUCAGGGUGACCCUGUAUGACUACCAGGCCAUGUGCAAACCCUCGCACCCCCACCACAGCGCCGCGCCGCCCCUGGUCAGCCCUCUCUCUGCCCUCCUGUCGGCUGCCAGGUGGCUGGUGAACGAGCUCCUGCUGUUCCUGCUGGAGUGGAGCUUCUGGGGGCCCCAGCCCACGGGCGGCGGGGCAGAGGGCACCGUCCUGCCCCCCGAGAAAAUCAACUACUUCAGCUAUGCCCUUAGAAUGUUCGUGAUGCAACAGAUUCCUAAGAGUAACCUUCUCCUCCUGGUGACAGACGCCACCUGCGACUGUAGCGUUUUCCCGCCAGUCCUGCAAGAGGCUACAGAAGUCAAAUAUAACGCGUCUGUCAAGUGUGACAGGAUGCGCUCCCAGAAGCUCCGCCGGAGACCAGACUCCUGCCACGCCUUCCAUCCAGAGGAGAACGCCCAGGACUGCGGCGGCGCCUCAGACACCCCAGCUUCGCUGCCCCUGCUCCUGCUGCUGCUGGGCGCCAGGGCUGCUGCCUGA